UGGAAUAAAGAGGAGAUAUAUCGAGACUUUUGGAAAUGUGGGAUUUAUGUUUGUUCCAAAUGUGAUCACCGAUUGUUCUCGUCGGCGACCAAAUACAGACACCACAGCCCGUGGCCCGCAUUUUCAGACGUGUUGGCCAACAAUAGUAUCGGUCGGCGUCGCGAUUUAGGCGAGGGUUUUGUCAGUAGAUUAGCUUUUAAGUUAACAUGCGGUAAAUGUGGCGCUGGUUUGGGACACGAGUUGGUCAAUGAAGGACCAGAAGGAAAGUCACGCUUUUGAAUCUCAUCGGAAGCGCUCAAGUUUAUCGCUGAAAAAGGUAU